GAGAAGGUUGUUCUAUUUCUGACCAUUUGAAUGAAUUUCAAGGGUGUUUUGAUCAGUUGUCUGACAUGGGUGUAAAAUUUGAAGAUGAGAUUAUGGGACUUUGGUUGCUUAAUACCUUGCUUGAUUCUUGGGAAAAUCUUCGUGUGUCCUUGAUCGGUUCAGCUCCCGGUGAUACAGUAACUAUGGAGUAUGUGAAAACUGCUGUCCUAAAUGAAGAGGUGAGACGUAGAACUCAUGAGACAUCUACUUCAAAAUCUGAUGUCUUGGUUACUGAAAAUAGGAGGAGAAGCAAAGACAGAGAUCAAGGGGAAUAUAAAAGAGGCAAGAGCAGGAGCAAGUCCAAAUCAAAAUACAAAAAUGUUGAGUGUCAUUACUGUCACAAAAAGGGGCAUUUGAUGAAAAAUUGUUUUAAGCUCAAGAACAAAGACAAGAACAAGCCAGAAGGGAGAGAUGGUGAAAAUGAUCGCCACGUUGCAACCACAACUCCAGGUGAUUUGAUAAUUGUUUGUGAUACUGACUUGAUUAAUGUUGCCUUUGAUGAAAUAGGUUGGGUUAUCGACAGUGGUGCUUCUUUUCAUGUGACGUCGAGGAAGGAUUUCUUCAUAUCUUAUACUCCAGGUGAUUAUGGGGUAUUGAAGAUGGGUAAUGAUGGUCGCUCAAAUGUUGUUGGCAUGGGAGAUGUUGUCUUGGAAACUAAAACCGGAAUGAAGUUAGUGUUGAAGAACGUCAGACAUGCACCUGAUAUUCGCUUGAAUCUGAUAUCUACCAGUGUCUACCAGUGUUUUGGUGAUGGGCAAUGCAAACUCACUAAGGGUUCUCUUAUUGUGGCUCGUGGGAAGAAGUGUUCAGCUUUUGUACAUGUGCCAAAGGACGAAAGGUCCAAAUUAGAUGUCAAGACGAGGCCUUGCAUCUUUAUUGGCUAUGGUCAUGAUGAAUUUGGCUACAGACUUUAUGAUCCUGUUGAGAAGAAGCUUGUCAGAAGCCGUGAUGUUAUCUUUAUGGAGGAUCAGAAUAUUGAAGAUAUCAAGAAGAUGGAGAAGUCUGAGUCUCAAAGGUAUGAUGAUCUUGUUGAUUUGAAUCCAACUCCCGUGUCUCAUAUGCCUGCUGUAACCAAUGAAGACCAGGUUGAUGAUCAGAAUCAGGUUCCACAUGAUUUUGUUGAUGGUAAUGGUGAAGAAGAUUCAAAUGAGAGUGCUAUACAUCUUAGCAAAAAGAUUCAUACAGAUGAUAAUGGGUCCGAUAUGAUGACCAAGGCUUUGACAAAGGGGAAGUUUGAAGUUUGUUGUUUGAUUGCCGGUUUGGCAACCAGCUCCACAUAGUCGAGAGGGGGGAGAUUUGUUGGGUUGGGCUCCUAACUAUGUGCUUUAAAUGACCCAUUUUGGAGAAUAUGUUCUCAUAUUAUUUUUAGGCCCACUUAUUAAGAGUCAAAAUAAAGGUAGCAGCUGUCCAGGGAGCACUCAUUAUCAUCAUUUACGCACAAAAAGGAAAAAAAACAUCCAAAAAGAGAGAGAGGUGCGCAGCAGGUUUUUCAAAAACGCAGAGCUGGUUUUCUGGACGAUCGGAGGUCCAAAUCUUGUCCGAUCGAGCUGAAAUUUUAGGAGGAGUUCAAGGACUCAUGAAGCUUCAAUCUGAACGGUGGAGAUCGAAUUCCAACGGUUAGAAAUUGUUUUGUGAGCUUCGCACCAGCUGCUGUUUUUGUAGAUGUUUUUACAUCUUUGAGUUGAUAUUUUUGAUUCUAGUGCCUUCGUAGUGUUGUUAAGGGCUAGAUAUCAUUGUGGUGUUAUUGGAUUGUUGAUUUGUACACUCAUUUGGUGAUAGUGGAGUUGGUUA